AUGAACACGAGCCACUUGUAUACAUCGCACCAUUGCGCCUUCUCUCCCAAUGGAACCUACAUUGCAGUUGCCACGAACGACCGUCUUGUGAUUCGCACCAAUGGCAUUGAACCAGCAGUCCUUCAUGUGUUUCAGUGCACGUAUCCCGCCCAAUACCUUGCUUGGUCACCGAAUUCAACAUGUAUUUGCACCGCCAACUUUGAUAAAGCUAUUGUUGAAGCGUGGUCGCUGGAUGAUACGCAUUGGCGUGGUCAAAUCAUGGAGCCUGGAAUACGUCGCGUUUGGUGGAGCCCUGACUCGUCUAGCAUCCUUUGUAGCUCAGAUCAAAAUAUGCGUUUAUCAGUGUGGCUGUUGCUGGAUCAACAAGUCCGUUACAUCAAACAUCCAAAAUUCCAUGACAAGGGGUGCGAGUCUAGUCCUGAUGGUAGAUACAUUGCCAUCGCUGAACUUGGUCAAGGAAAGGAUUACAUUGGCAUAUACACAUCUUCUGGUGCUACUUUACUUCAUCAUUUUGCGACAAAUACUCAUGAUCUUGCUGGUCUAUGCUGGACCCCGGAUGGAAAAUAUUUGGUGGUGUGGGAUCACUCAUUAUACUAUAAUCUUCUCGUCUAUCGGCCUGAUGGAGGUUACGAGGCUUCAUAUCAAGCUUGCGAAGAUGGAUUAGGGAUAAAAAGCAUUACAUGUAGUCCUGAUUCACGCAUAUUGGCUAUCGGUGGUUACGAUCGAAAGAUACGCCUGCUACGCACCUCCGAUUGGAAAAUUGUUGGAACACUCUCUCAUGAAACGUCAUUGCUUCAAGCGGAUACUGAGGCCUUCGUAUACCAAGCUGAUUCUUCAUCAAGGCGUACAGAUAAUAAUCCAAGCUUUUACCCACUAUCACGGCGACCGCUUGAUAUACCCGUAGUGCGUCCAGAUUACAAUACAGCCAACCCCAAAGUAGGUGUGAGUGUUUGCCAGUUCAGUUCUGAUGGCCAUUACUUGUGUACAUUUGACGAUAGCAUGCCAACAGCGCUAUGGUUAUGGGAUGUUCUUCAUAUGUCCUGCCGCUUGGUUGUGAUACAUCAACAAGUUAUUCGGCAAAUCACCUGGAAUCCUCAAGACCCGGAUACGUUGGCUACAAGCUGUGGCGGUAAUCAUGUCCUGUUGAUCAAGAGACAGCCUCCUCAUUCGAAAAAUCUCUCGAUUAAAGCAUCCAAUUUUGACGUUCGCAAAUUAAUAUGGAGCCAAAACGGAAAAUCAUUGCUAAUAGCAAGCAAGACCAUGUUUUGUUUGGCGACCGUACCUGAUUGA